AUGCAAGUGAAUACUGAAGACAUUACAGUGCCAUGGGGUAGGGCACCGGAUCCUCUGGACAUACAGAUGGGCCGAUGGCGUAUGGCAGUGUUUCAAGAUGUUCAAGAAGGUUUCGACCACUCCAAGCUGUACUUUCUUUAUGAUCCGGUUGCAGAUGAAAAUUCAGGGACGACUGGUGGACGUAAAGGCAACCAAGGUUUGGUUGUUUUCGAUUUGUAUCAACGGUGCUUUACUCGAGAGAUACCUGUCUUUUGUGAAGGAACACCAAAAUUCUUAUUUGCAUUGAAGUGUCCUUCAUCUUCUGGAGGUUCAUCAUUUGUCGUUGCUUGUACAGCCAACAGAUAUAAUCAAACAGGGCUAGGCACUCGUUCUCUUUUUCAGUUAUUGCUCUACAAAAUUAAUUUGACAAGUGAUGGGAUGAAUUUGGAAAGCGAGCCGAAAGCAUUAUUAUCAAAUUUCAUAACAAUCAGUGAUGAUACAUUCAUCGUUUCGAUGCGUGAAGAUGCACCUGAAAUUGUGGUGAUUACUGCUCCUGGUCUUACUAUUUGGCGAAUCAACUGUCUUAGCGAGCAGCCUUCCAGCCCAAUCGAAUCUUUCUCAAUCUCAGAGGGCGAUCUCAAUCAUUUUUACGAUGUUUAUCUAAGUCAAGGGAAAAUAUACUUUCUUUCUCAGUCACCUGAUGGACAUUUCGAUCAUUCGCGUAUCCAUGUUCUUGAAAUCACAGGACAGCGUCAGUUACGUACUGUAAUAUGCAAUCCUGAUCCUCUACACGGUGUACCAUGUGCUCGUAAGCAGGCUGCUAUUGAUUCUGUGGCGGGAUACAUUAUACUUGCUGGUGGCGAGGUCAGUUAUGAUGGCUCGGUAUCUCAUCUUGUUGAUUAUUGGUUUCUUGAUCUUUCAACUUUUGUAUGGAAACAAAUGCAUGCGAAAAUGCCGAUCCCUCUGAUUGAACCACGCCUUACAACUGCGGAUUCAGGAAAUAUUUAUUUGUGGGGUGAUUUCGAUCAGCCAAUGCCAGGUAUGCCAACCGGAACACAUCUGCGUAUUCUGAAAAUAACUGGAUUUGAAAGCAUUAAACCACCUCCUUAUGACGAAGCAUCCAAAAAACCUACUUCACCUCCGUUUAUUCCACAAGGACCAUAUCCAGCAGGGGCUGCAGAUGGGUUAUUACCAUCUUAUCCAAGUCUUGGUUUUGUGUCAGAUGAUAACAAGCAGAAUGUGGCUCCUUAUCCACAAAAUAAUUCCCCCUAUCCACAAAAUAACCCCUCUUAUCCACAAAAUAAUCCCUCUUAUUCACAGAGUCAAUCCUUUUAUCCCCCAGGUCAAACAACACAUCCUCAAGAGCAACUGCUACAGGGUUAUCCGGAGUCGGUACCUUACCCUCAGAGUGGCAGCCAUCAAAAUACUUAUCAAGGCAAUACACCGCAGCAGCCGUACGGUGGUGCUCCGGGACCACAUACUGGCCAACGUGCUUAUUAUCCACCACAAGAAAAGCAGAAUUGCUGUCUUCAGUGA